AAGACAGAAAGAGAGAGAGAGAGAAAGAGACGGACGAUUCGGAACGCACGUCGAUCCUAACCUAUAAUAAAUUUUUGCUCACGGUGCGUCACGCUGUCAUAAAAAGUUGAUACUAACCUGGAUGUCCUGAAUGUGCAUUUCGCGUCGCGAUAGAUCUACCCCGGCAUAAUUGGCCAUAAUAUGACAAACGUGAUAGGCAAAUUGUGUCUGCUGAGACAAACGUUGCGAAGUUGCAGGAAUUUACACGUUACACGUGUAACUAAAUACGCAUAUGAAGGCCCAGGUAAAACCACUGUAACAUUCAUUAGCAAGGAGAUUGGCUCUCGACUCUUGGUGACUCAUUGCGAUGAGAUUGGAUUCACGUUAAACGUUGGCACGAAAGUGUUAGGGCCGAUGGUGCUCUUUCCCAGAAACGCUAUCUGUUGGAACAUUCAGUCCGGCAAGCACAUAAACGACGCGUCGCUCUCGUUAUUCACCAUUUUGGAGCCAAAACCUGAUCUCUUGAUCAUCGGACUGGACGAUCAAUAUGAUUUUUCUUACAUUCAAAAUAUUCGAAAAUGUGUGAAGAAGCUCGGUAUUACUACGGAGAUAGUUUCUGUGCACAACGCGUGUACAGCGUUCAACUUUGUCAACGAGGAGGGCAGAUACGUCGUUGCGGCAUUGAUACCUCGAAAAGGAGCUACACUUCUACCAAAGCUACAACGGGGUAAACCUGUGGAACAAAUAGCUGACUCUGAUGCUGCUACAGACAGCAAAAUAAACAGGGAAAAAGCGGAAAGUACAACAAAAUGAUAGAACCUGUACAUGUACAUAUACAUAACAAUUUCAGAAGACUGUAUUAUAUUGUAUAAUAAGAUAACUUCUGUAAAUCAUGUGUAAGAAUAGAAUCAAACUUUAAAUUUACUCAUUUAGUAUUUUCAAGGUAAAACGUUUCUCUUGUUUCUGUCAUUAUUUGGAAACAUUUAUUCUUGACAAGAUAAAUCAAAUAUAAAAACCGUUUAGAUUGUACUACUUAAAAAACAAUUAUGUAUAUAUCAGCAUUAUAUAUCUUGAUAGAAAAUGAGAUUGUAUCGUUUCACUUUACAACAAAGUAUUUCUCAAUUAA